AUGAGUGAAAAAAGAAAAUCGAGUUCUUCAAUACUAUCUUACUUCAAAAAAAGUAAUAAUUCAAUAAACGAUCAAAAUGAUAUUGACGAAACAUUAUUACCAUCAACAUCCACAGUUUUUACGCCUUUAACUGAUAGUUUAGAACCAUCAAGUUCUAAAAAUUUGACUCAUCCUGCUUCUAAUAAUGAUACUGAAAUAAUAAUUAAAACAUAUGAUAUUGGCUUAUAUAUACAGCAAAUUAUAGAUGAUCACACUCGAUAUAAUUUAUUAAAAAACCAUUGGGUUGCACCAAAGAGUUAUGUGUAUCCAUUUUCUUUACAAAAUUUGAAAGGAAAAGAAAUACGUCGACAUUUACAACAAAAACAUUUGGAUAUGUAUCCAUGGGUUGUAUAUUCAGAAAGUAAAAAUGGACUAUAUUGUAAAUAUUGUACUUUAUUUUACUCUGGUGGUCAUGGUACUGGAAAAAAAAAUUAUAUGACUCUUGGUUUACUAGUAAAUAAACCAUUACAAAAUUUUAAACAUUUAAUGGGAAACACAGGAGAUCUUCACUCCCAUGAAAUAACUAAUUAUCAUAUUGAAUCAGUUUUGAGAGCGCAGGAUUUUAUAAAGACAUACCAAAACCCUUCUCUUGAAGUUGUUAGUCAGAUAGAUUCUAACCAUUUGAAACAAAUAACAGAAAAUAGAAAUAGGUUGCGCCCCAUUAUUAAAUCUGUAUUAUUUUUAGCUCGCCAGAACAUACCUUUUCGAGGUCAUCGGGAUGACGGACCUUUGUUGAAAAAUAAUGAAUUAUCUCCAAAACUGAACGAAGGAAAUUUUCGAGAAAUAUUAAAAUUUCGAAUUGAAUCUGGUGAUAUGGAAUUAGAAAACCAUUUAAAAAAUACAAGUUCCAAAGCUACUUAUAUAAUUAAGCGGUCUCCAUUUUAUAGUAUUAUGUUCGACGAAACAACCGAUAUGUCACAUACAUCUCAAUUAUGUUUAGUCAUACGGUAUAUUAAUGAGGAAUACACUGUUCAAGAAGAUUUCCUUGGUUUUAUAGAUCCACACAGUUAUAAUUUCGAAAAUUCUGAAAUAGAACCAAAAUUAAAUGGUAAAAUAUUAGGAGAAACCGUUUUAAAAUUAAUGAACAACUUCAAUUUGGAUUUGAAUAACUGCGUUGGUAUUGCUACUGACGGUUGUAGUGUUAUGGCUUCAAAAGUGUGUGGUGCAGUAAAAACUAUUCUGGAAAAGAUACCCAGUGCUGUCAAAUGUCCAUGUUUUAACCACGGCUUAAAUCUUGCAAUUUCUAAAGGUUGUCAAAUUCAGUCCAUCCGGAAUAGUUUUGGACAAAUUAAGGAAAUUAUUUCAUUUUUUCAUGGAAGUUCGAAACGAAAUUUUGUACUACAAUCUGUUCUACAUUCCUCACUACAGUCACUUUGUGAAACUAGAUGGGUUGAGAGGCAUACAGCAGUGACGCAAUUUUUGACUGGAAUUUCGGAAAUUAUGGAUUCUCUUCAUAAAAUAAGCAAUUGGAAUGAUCGAGAAUCAUCUAGUAAAGCCAAGGUUUUAUUGAAUUCAAUUGACUUUGAAUUCGUCAUCACUCUUUAUGUUGCUUCACAUAUAUUUUCAAUUACACAACCAUUAAGCGUAAUUUUGCAAAAAAAAAAUUUUGAUAAACAAUCUGCAGUUAACUACAUAAAUAAAACUAUUGAAAUUUUAAAUAAACUUAGAUUAGACGUCAAAACAGAGUUUAAAAAUUUGUACUUCAAAGCCGUGAAACAAAUGGAUAAAUUAGAGAUUACUGUAAAAAAGCCAAGAACAAUAUCAAUACAGCACCACAGACAGAAUCCAGAGAUAAAAAAUGUAGAAGACUAUUUCCGUGUAACAGUAUACAUUCCGUUUUUAGAUUUUAUGAUAACUGAUAUGAAAUCCAGAUUCACAGAAGAAACAUUGGGCGUAUUUGCAAAUAAAGAAGCUUUUAUUGGAAAGUUGCAAGGGGAAAUGAUUUGGUGGGAAGAAUAUUGGAAUAGAGAAAAAAAUGAUAUUCCUGAUACAGCUCUAAAAUCAUUAGAACAUUGUGACAAAGAUAUGUUUCCAACAAUACAUAUACUUUUAAAGAUUUUAGCUAGUUUUCCAAUUAGUAUAGCUUCGGCAGAGAGGAGUUUUUCCGCCCUUAAAAGGAUAAAAACUUGGCUGCGGUGCAAUAUGUUAGAAGAAAGACUGACAGGAUUGGCGAUUAUUCAUUGUCACCGAGAUGAACAUGUUGACAUAGAUGAAAACGAUUAUAAUAAUGAGAGUAUGAAUGAUGAGGUUAAAUCAGUUUAA